AUGAGUGGGAGUAAUUUCAGUCACGGUGAUAGGGCCUUCCUUCAAGCCAUCCUGGCUCGAGGAUCAAUCACAUUCGAAGAAGCUCGACCUAUCCUUGCCGCAAUUUUCAACGCCGGGCGCAACGAAGCUGACGACGAGGACGAAAUACGGAGGGAUCAAAUCACCGAAGAACAUUUUCAUGAGGCUAUCGAUAAAAUUUCCGAAGCGGCAUCCCUGUUUGAUUACGAAAUCCGCAGCACUGUUCACCAAGUAACAAAGAGACGAAUAUGGGCUUUGGUUAAUACUACCUCCGAUCCGCAAACACAACUUGCCACGUCAUAUAGCCCCGAAGAGCUGUCAUUUAUCAAAAGAGUCCUGGAUGCCAUGUUUGAAAAGUUCAAUACGCCGCGCAUGGAAGUCAUGGCCAUUACGGAGAUGCAGGCCAUCAAACUGGCUCGACCGAACCGACGGGAAAGCCAUGUCGACGUUGAAACCCAAACGCAAACAGUCGCAGACAAAGGGCUGAAGCAUAGCGAAGUUGAAACUGCGCUUGCGAGUCUGGUUGAGGGAGGAUGGUUCGAAAAAAGUCAAGAAGGCUUUUAUACACUGUCACCACGAGCACUACUCGAACUGCGACCCUGGCUGGUUGAAACAUACAACGACCCUGAUCUUGAACCACAGGACUGGCAACGUAUCAGGUUCUGUGAAGCAUGUAAGGACAUAGUCACAAUGGGCCUGAGAUGCUCUGAAGUGGAUUGCAACUUCCGACUGCACGAGAUCUGCGAAGAGGCUUUCUGGCGAACUAGAAGAGACAAGAAAUGCCCACGAUGCACGACCGAGUGGGCUGGUAGCAAGUAUACGGGCGAAAGGGCAGUAACGUCGACCGAUGCCUUUCAACGAGGACGACGGAGAGACGGCGGUGGUUGGCGACGUAGUACCCUUGCUGACGAUGUCAUUCGGGACGAGGGGGGUGCAGACGAAGCAGAGGAUGACGAAGGACAGGAUACUGAUUGA